GAUUCAGUCCCUCUUUUGCUCAACUUAGCAAGUAAACGGCCAUCAGCCUUCUCAGCACCUGUGUACCUUCCUGUCACGCCCGUCAAUGCUCUUGAGAAACACUUUUUAUCGCUGCGUGCCGACGAUCCUUCAAUCCCGCCUUGCACGAAUGGCAUCUCAUCUAUCUAACGGUCCACAGACAGCGAAUACCAGUGCCUUAUCCUUAGAGGACAUCCCCAAAACCAACAAUUUCACUACAAAGCUUCCCCCGGACCCCGCAUUUCAAACACCGGAAUCUUCAAAUAAUGCUCCCCGAGAGGAAUUGGGACCUCGUAUGGUCAAAGGGGCGUUAUAUACCUUUGUUAGACCAGAACCGCAAGACGACCUGGAGCUUUUGGAUGUGAGUCCCCGGGCAAUGCGUGAUAUCGGGUUGAAAGACGGUGAGGAGAAGACAAAGGCCUUUAAAGAUAUGACGGCUGGGAAUAAGAUAUUUUGGAGUGAGGAGCAUGGAGGAAUAUACCCAUGGGCGCAAUGUUACGGAGGUUGGCAAUUCGGAGCUUGGGCAGGACAGUUAGGUGAUGGUCGGGCCAUCAGUUUAUUUGAAACUGUAAAUCCGACUACGGGUACAAGGUAUGAGAUUCAACUUAAGGGGGCUGGAAGGACCCCGUACUCGCGAUUUGCCGAUGGAAAAGCAGUCCUUCGCUCUAGCAUUCGAGAAUACGUAAUCUCAGAAGCUUUGAAUGCUCUUGGAAUACCUACAACUCGUGCACUCGCCCUCACCCUGUUACCUGAUGUUGCAGUAAGAAGAGAAAAGAUUGAGCCUGGAGCCAUUGUGACUCGGUUUGCUGAAUCUUGGCUUCGUAUUGGAACGUUUGAUCUCCUUCGUGCGCGCGGAGAUCGAGAUCUCACGCGCAAGCUCGCUAAUUAUAUCGCCGAGGACGUUUUCUCUGGGUGGGAGUCCCUCCCUGCAGCCUUGAAAUUUUCGGAUGACGGUCCUCCUCCUGUUGAUGUGGAUAAUCCACCUAGAGGUGUGCCAAAAGAUGAAAUGCAAGGAGAAGAAGGCGCAGAGCAAAACAGGUUUUCUAGGCUCUACCGUGAGAUUGUACGACGUAAUGCGAAAACAGUUGCAGCAUGGCAAGCAUAUGGUUUCAUGAAUGGAGUGCUGAAUACAGACAAUACUUCAAUAUUCGGACUGUCGCUUGAUUAUGGCCCGUUUGCCUUUAUGGAUAAUUUCGACCCAAAUUAUACCCCGAACCACGAUGAUGAACUGCUACGAUAUUCGUAUAGGAAUCAACCCUCGAUUAUUUGGUGGAAUUUGGUUCGACUAGGAGAAUCGUUUGGAGAACUAAUAGGUGCAGGGGACAAGGUCGAUGACGAAACUUUCGUCUCUAAAGGAAUCACUGAAGAUUUUGCCCCGAUACUCAUUAAGCGAGCCGAGACCAUUAUUGAUAACGCAUCUAAGGAAUAUCGAACCCUGUUUUUGAACGAAUACAAACGCCUGAUGACCGCCAGAUUAGGUUUAAAGACCCAGAAAGACUCGGACUUUGAAAAGUUAUUUUCUGAUCUACUUGAUGCCCUCGAGGCCCUAGAGUUAGACUUCAACCACUUUUUCAGAAAGCUGUCUGGAUUCUCUCUAAGUGACAUCAAGAGCGAGGAGAAAAGGAAAGAAGUUGCUAGCGUGUUCUUCCAUCAGGAGGGCGUUGGUGGCAUUGGAAACACAGAGGAAUCUGCCAGAGAGCGGCUUGCAAAAUGGUUAUCUGCUUGGAGGGAUAGGGUCAUCGAGGAUUGGGGAAGUGAUUCGGAUGUCGAACGCCAAACUUCUAUGAAGGCGGUGAACCCGAAGUUCCUUCCACGAUCGUGGGUCUUGGAUGAAGUGAUACAGCGUGUUCAGCAUCAGGGAGAUAGAGAUAUCCUCGGUCGUGUUAUGCACAUGGCGCUUCAUCCAUUUCAAGAGGAAUGGAAUUGGAACAGAGAGGAAGAGGAGAGGUUGUGUGGAGAUGUUCCCCAAUUCAAGAGAAUGACCAUGUGCAGCUGCAGCUCUUGAAGACAUACCUGGCUUAAAUAUUUAUGUUUUCUUCUUGAGAGCAGAACAUAGAGCUACACAACAGCUAAUUU